AUUAGAGGUGGUGGUUAUAAUAGUUUUUAAGUAAUUUAAUGGAUCUUUUUGAGAGAGGAGGAGUGAAGUGGCUGACACAAGAGAAGAAGGAUGUAUUUUUUGAGUAUUUGGAGACAAUGGGAUGCUUAGAGGAAGCAGAAGGGCUGGGAGAAAAUUAUUGGAAAGAAGUGUAUAUGAAAGCAGCAGAUUUAUGGGAUGCAUAUAACAAGGAUAAGAUCAAUGAAGGAGUGAGCGGAAGAGAAUUAUCAACAGAAGUAAAAGAUAGAUACAAGCUUACUGAAUACAAAGAUUUCUUCAAAAUAUACUUAACGUUCCAUUCAAAAUUUACUGAAAAUAUACAACCUAGAGGAGUAAUGAAAGGAAGAAACAAUACCAAACUUAACCCAGAGGUUAAGAAGGAAAUGAAAUUCUUAGAAGAGCCUGAAUAUGAUUACCUAUUGGCUUAUAGUCAAUUAGAAUUCCACAAAGAUCUUGAGCCUCGCUGGAAUGUCAUUGUUUCAGAUCGCUUUUGGGAAGAUAUUUUACAGAAUGAUCUCUACCACGAGUUUAUGAUGUUUUACUACAAAAGUCUUAUUCACGGUCAUUUCCAGAUAGAAGAGUCUAUCUGCAACAGAUUUGGCCACAUGGAAUUUGUCUUCAUGUUUAAUGGAAGGAGAGUAUAUGCCGAAGUAUUUGCAGACAGGAUUCCACUCUACACUGAAGAGUUAUCAGAACCAUUUUUAUACAAAUACAGGCAAUAUUUAAAGAUAAAUGAGAUCUUAGCAGUCUCCUUAGAGGAAAAGCAUAAGGAUGGACAAGAAGAACGUACCAGAUUACAGCAGCAUAAGAACAAAGGAAUACCUUUCACAGAUGAAAAGAUAGAUAGAUACAUCAAACACCAGAAAUUGAAGGGACAGGAUAGAUACAUAUUCAAUCUUAAUGAAGGAGAAGGCAGCGAAUGAUAUAACCCUACCGAAUCCGAUCUUGAGUACAUGAAGAAUGGAAAUACAGUCUAUGUUCCAAUGAUGAUCUACGGGUGAAUUCAAAGCAGGAUCCAAGAAUCAAUGCUGCACAUUAGCAAUGAUUGUAAAGAUAUCAUUAGUGAUUCAGAUUCACAUAAAAAAAUUAUUAAGUUCUUUGAAGGUUUGGAGAAAUAUGGCAUUACAUUUUCACAAAAUCAGAGAAACUUGUUAGUAACGAGCACUAAUAGCCUUGUUCUUGGUAGGUCAGGUACAGGGAAGACUACCAUCUCAGCAUUCAAGAUCUUAGCGUUAGAUCUUCUCUUCAUUGCUUACAAGAAGAAGUUCUUCUAUAAAGAAGAUGUUCAAAGACUCGAAUCAUGUGAUUUUGACAAUUACACAGGCUGUUACACUGUAUUCUGCACUGCCUCCCCUGUGCUUACCAAUGAAGUCAAGAGAUUUUACAAUGAUCUUCUCCAGUCUAUCAAAAAUGUCCUUAAGAUAAAAGAAGAAAAAGCUAAACACAGAAAGGAAGAAACCAAAGAAGAACCUAACCAGCCCCAAGAAAACAUGUUCGACCCCUUCGAAGGAAACAUUGAAACCCAAGAAGAAACCAAGGACCUAAAGGACGCCUUCCUCUCUUCCCUAGAAAAGGCCAAGGAGGACCUAAUCGAAGACAUUAACAUUGAAAAACAACUUUUCCACUAUAACAAACUUGACCACAUCCCCAAAAAUGAAUUCCCUCUGUUCCUCACAGUCAAGAAGCUGGUCUACAUGCUUGAUGGGAACUGCUCCUACUCCUUCUUCGCAAGGGACCAGAAAGGAAAGAUUAUUGGUAUGGACUCAACCAACGAGUGGCACAACGAAGACAAGGAAGGAGCCCUCAUGAUCAACAGGUACCAAAAAGACGCUUACGACUUCGAUAAAAAUAUCAAGAAUGUUGGCAAGAAAAUUAUCCAAGUGGAGGAAAUGCAAGAUCAAAAGACACUUGAAUAUCUCGAAAAUAGUGGGAUUGAUGCAAAAUUUAAGGAAUUAGAAGAUUUAGCAGACAAUACUGUUGAAGAAAACUUCUAUGAAGAUUCUAUGAGAAUGGAAGAUUACUUGAAAAACAAUCAUUUUUACUAUCAAAGAUCCAUCAUGAGCAUCCGAAAUCAGAUGUACUCACAAGAAGUAGACUUCGAAAUGUUUGAGAGAAAGUUUUGGAAGAAGAAUUUAUGAGGGAUCAAACUCUCAGCCCUUAAUGUAUGGACAGAGAUCUUCUCUGUAAUCAAAGGAGGUGUUGAAUGUGUUCAUAAUAUCAUCUCAUGGGAUUCAUAUUGAAAAAUGAAAUCUCCAAUGGAUGAUUACAUUGAUGAAACUGAAAAAUACCGAGUUUACCUGAUGUAUCUAAAGUAUGAACAGUGGAAGGGAAAACAUCAUUAUUAUGACUUCAUGGAUGUUGUAAGACACGUCUUCAAGUAUUACCCAAGUUGGAAGAGAAAGCAUAUUGAUUAUUUGGUGAUCGAUGAGGUUCAAGAUUUAGCUCCUCUUACUAUCCAGUUGCUCUUAUUAGCAACUCAGCAAAAUAUCUUCUUUUUAGGUGAUACUGCACAGACUAUUGCAAAAGGAGUUGCUUUCAGAUUCUAUGACUUAAAGACUGUGUUUUCCAAUUUAAAAUAUCUAAAUUCCAAUCACAAUAAUGAUAAAGAAGAAAUUCUUGAGCCUAAAGUUAUACAGUUAACUAAGAACUACAGGUCCCAUAAUAGCAUCCUCCAGCUAGCCAACUCAAUUGUUGAUAUCAUCGAGCUGUAUUUCCCACACACCAUUGACAAACUCCAGAGAGAAAGCAGCGACAAGGAGGGACCCAAGCCAAUUAUCCUCGAAGGCUUUGAUCAUGAUGACCUUGAGAAACUAGUCAUGUCCUCAUCCUCAGGCACUCCAAACUUUGGGUGCAAUCAAGUCGUCAUUGUCAGGAACCAAGAAAUGAAGAAUAAGAUUCCUUUCUUCAUGAAGAAAGCUCUGUGUCUUACUGUUUAUGAAGCCAAGGGACUCGAGUUUGAUGAUGUCAUUCUCUAUGAUUUCUUUACUGAGUCUCAGUGUACAAGGCCUUGGAGAAUCAUUAAUGACAUCGAAGUUGAGAAAGUGACUCAACAGAAACUCAAGAUUCAAGAACACUUGACUAUUGAAGAGCUCGACUUCAAGAAAUACAACAAACUAAUCCACAGACUUAGAAAUGAAGAAUAUAAAGAAAGCGACGAACUUGAGUACGAGGAAGUCUCAGUUCUCAACACAGUCAAAGACAGAGAAGACGUCGACAGAAACUUCGGAAUUCUCAACAAUGAACUGAAGUAUUUGUAUGUGUCAGUGACCAGACCAAAGACCAACCUGAUCAUCUAUGACUCUGACCCAGGAAACAGAAAACCCAUCUACGAUUACUGGACAUCGCUGGAACUUGUGGAUGUGGUUACAAAAGAACAAGCUGCUGACCACCCAGUUCUAUCCAAGGCUUUUGAAGUUUCAGAAGAUGUUACUGAAACAAAAAGUCAGUGGAGAGCAUUAGGAAUCAAACUAUUUAAGAAGAAGUACUACCAAUCAGUCAUUAAAUGCUUUGAAGAGUCUGGUGAUGAAGACCUCAAGUUUAGAACACUUGGAUACAUGAGUGCAGAAGAAGCUACCACUCUCCAAAGUGAAGGAGAGACCUUGCUCUAUCAAGCUAAGCACGAUACACUUCUUACAAAGCAUGAAAAGAGAGUUAAAAAGGUGGAAGGCUCAUCACUCAAAGAAAGAUCAUUAGAAAAAUUUAAAGAAGCUGGUGAAUACUUUGAAAAAAUAGAUUUAUUCAGAAAUGCAGCUCAAUGCUUCUUUACUAUUAAGGAUUACAAUAAAGCUGCUCAUCUCUUUGAAUUAGGUAAACAGUUUCAGCAAGCUGCUGAAUGCAACAAAAUGAUUGGAAACUUCACAAAAGCAGCAAGAAUGUUCGAAGAAUGUGGAAUUUUCAGUUUAGCUUUUGAAAACUUGUUAUAUUCAAAUGACUAUGAAGGACUAUUAGAAUGAAUCCAUAGAAACAAAGAUAAAUUCUACCCAUCUGAGAGGAUAUCUCUAAUAUAAACAAAUAUGUUCCAAUAGCUUUGAACUUGGUUUACCAAACAAUUAAUGAAGAAGGCAUCGAUGAAGAAAAUCAAGGGAAAAUAUUACAACUCAAGUAUAAAAAGUCUAGCAUUGAAAUCAUUAAGGAGGUAAACUCAGAGUACUCAAGUGACUCUGGACUUGACUCUGAUGAAGAAGAGUUAGAUGAUCAUGAACAAGCAACACCAAUUGACAAUCAAGAAAGUAAUUCAAAGGAGAAAGAACAGGAUAUUGACAAGGAAGAAGAGGAGCUAAGCCAAGAGGAAGAACUUAUUGAUACUUCAAGCAACCAACCUCAACUUGCCAAGAAAAACUUGUCUUCAGGCUUGAAUGAAUCUAACUUGUCUUCAUUCGAUAUGAUUUCCAAAGGAGACUUUGCCCAAGAUUUUGAACAUCUAUCCAACUUCGAUCCAGAUGAUGACUUCUUGAACUCAGAGAAGUCAUUCAGCAUUAUUGGGUCUGUGCUUUGCAAAGAUGAAGAGAGUCUGUCAGAAUACAGCGACUUCUCGAUUGUGUCAGGGUCAAGGAUCAGUGAAAUCAGAGGAGCCAAUGAGCUCCAGCAAGAAAGAGAUUUUUGAACUGAAGACUUUGUCAUCAAAAAGAUAAUUUACUAUGUCUGAAUGUUUGGUGAUGAAAUCAAAGAAUUCCUAAGCAAAAUUAGAUCAAAAGAAGGCUUGAUCAAACUUAGUCAGACCCAGAGUUUAGAUGAGUUUUUAGAAUUAGAGUUGGAUAAUAUUGAUACUGAUAUGGCUUCCACUAUUCUCGAUAUUUUAGAGCAUUUCGGAAUGUUCAGACUCUGAUUCAUAAUGUGAAACAGAUAUAACCUCAAAGAGCAUAUUUCAAGAUAUCUGACAUCUACUUCCCAUAAAUACUCUAAUUUAAGAUUGAUUGAUAUGAAACAAACUCUACAGAUUAACGAUUUGAAAUUUAGGACAAAGCAAGUGCAAGUAAAUGCUUUAGCUAAUGAAGCUAUCCACAAUAUGCUAAACUUAGUUGAUUCAUCAGUGAUUAACCAGCAAUGCACUGAAGAUAUAGACAAAGAUACGAAACUCCUCGGAACUGACUGCUGGAGAUACAUUUACUAUCUCGGCUUUUGGAAGAAACUCAUCUACCUAAUGGACACCCACAACUCCCUCAAAUUGUGUUUCUCCAUUGGAGCCUUCGAAGACUUCAAAACUGUCUACUUGGUGUUCUACAGGCCAGAACUCACCAAUGAUCAGAUUAAAGCCAUGGUUGGAGACCCUCUGGCAGACUGGGUCGGAGUCAACAAGACUGCUCUGGUCGAGUACUUGUGCAGGAAAGUGGCUCUGGAAGAAAGUAUGGCCACUCUCAACAACUCCAGUCUCCAUCCGAGUUGUGAGUGCAACAUCAACCUGAACAACUGUCUGAGAGCGAGUAAAGAAGGCAACCAACAUCUGAGCAUCGAGUGUCUGUGCAAAGCUUUAGAAAUAGCAGAGAAGAAACUAGCUCAGCUCUGCAACAAGAAGAGUGAAGAGAUCUUUGAUAUUGAAGAACUUGAUAGAUUUAGCAAGAAGUAUUAUGACAACUCAAAAUUCAUGGAAAUACUGCUGCCAUUAUUCGAUGUAUUCUUAUUUUGUGGAAGAUUCAGAAUCAUAAACUCCAUUAUUACUUCUGCUAUUGAUCAAGGAUACAACAUCAGAAUAAAAAUAUUAAAAAUGACUUUGUUUAUAGCAGACUUUUUAGAUGACCCAAGUCAAUAUCUAAAGGUAUUUGGGCAAACAGGAACCAAAAUAGCAUUGCAAGGAAUUUUGAUACAACAAAAGAUAAGAAUUCCUGAACCUUCUGAUUUACUGCUAAACAGCUGUAAUAAUGCUUGUCUACAUAGAGAAUCUGCACUGUUUAAUCAUUUGAGCAAUUUUGUAGCUGAUCUCCAGAAAGACAAGUACAACAGAGAAUUUUAUCGUAAAAGUAAAGACUACUUUAAAGUCAUUCGUCAAAUUUGAUAUAAAAUUCCUCAAAGUGCGUUCUAUUAUCCAAUGAAGAACUUCGAGGCUUCCAAUGUUGGCAUCAACAAUGAAUAUGAUUCUAUCAGAGUAGCAGAUCUUGAGGCUGAAUAUAUUUCAUGCCCGAUCUAUUUCUUGGUUUCAAUUUUCAAAAAGUCAAUGCUUGAUUCUCUAUCUUAUGGAUUAAUAAGAGAAAAACUAGAAGAUAUUCCGAUUUAUGAACAGAAAGGAUUCUUAAAUGUCAAAGAUUGCGAUGACAUUAUUCUUCCAGAUGAGAUCAGAAGGGAUUAUAGAGACUCCCUUGAGCUAUAUUCUACGCUCAAGACAUUUUUCAUGAAAGGAAGAAAUAGGACAAAUAGCUCACUUGAUAUUGAGAGAAAAUAUAGAUCUCCAUUCUUAAGAACACCUGUAUGGAUUGACCAGGCUUAUCAAAGGAUGGCAGGAGCAGCAAACAACUUGGCUAAUUUAAUUAAUUCAAAGAGCUAUCACUAUUUUAUUCGUUAUGAUCAAAGAAAAGGACAGAAAAUAACAAUGACCUCUAAAAAUAUUGACCCACCUAGUGUGUCAGUUUUGGAGGAAAAAUUUCAAGACAUAUUCCAAGUUGUUAAACACAAUUUGGAAACAUUAACUCCGCUACAGAAAACAAAUUUGACUGCUGCCCCAAAUAAGAUUCACUAUCAUAGCAAAAGUUUCUUGCUAGAUCAAGCUUGCAUUCUUUUAGAGAAAUUUAUUAAUCCUGAGAAAAUUGAACUGAACUUUGCUGAAACAUCAGAAAUGUUGAGGUUCUCUACCUUAAUCCAAUGAGUGUUCGUCCUUAAUAAGAUUCAAAGACUCGACUUUGUUUCGAAGUACUACCAAUUGGCAAGCUUCAACAAUGUAUUCGACAAGGACUCAGAAGGAAAAGACCAAAUCCAUAGGAUAAAGCAUUUGGUAGAUGCAUUGGAGUAUUACCAAGUUGGCAAAUGGGACCAAUCAGUCAUCUCAUAUUCUAAGUUCCUAAACAAAAAUUAUCAGAUCCUCAGAGGAGAUAUCUGGAUUAGUCUCAUUGAAACUGCUUGGUAUCUUGCUGUCGUUACUUAUUUUGGGGGAAAUAAAGGAGGAUUGUUGGAUGGAAAGGUUUAUCUUCCGUCAGAUGCUUUCAAUUAUGUUCAUGAAAAUUGCGACUUGAUUGUUGACCAAGAAGAUCCAACUCAAAAUUAUAAUCAAAUUCUUGAAUAUGUCAGAAACAUUGAUAUUGAGAAAUCAUCUUCAAGCUCAGAUCAACUUUUUAUCCAGCUGAUAGCAAACUUCGUAAGCAAGUAUGACAUUUUCCUGCAAGAAGAACCCCAAUAUUUGCAAAGAUGUCUUAUUGGAAUGUUCAACAUGAUUGGAACACUAAUCACUAACUGUGAAAAGGUAACACAAGCGCUGUCAGAUGCAAUCGCUUCUUACUCAGAAAUCAUUACAACAAACGAAGUUAUAAAAACUGAAAAUAUUGACAAGUUCUGAGACUAUUUUGAAGACAGAGAUAAGCUGAUGCAAUUCAAGAGCGAUUUCUUCCAAAUUGAAGACUAUGACAAGAAUGAUACGCUUUACCAUGAUCCUGACAAUCUUUCUCAUAACCAGUUCUUGGUGAUUCUCUCUAUCGUACCAUCUUCUGAAAAUCCACAAGAAUCAGUUGAUCUGAAAUGGGAGGAGUAUACAUUUCAAACUGCUUCAUCAUUGCUUGCCUUUAGAACUCUCCAGAAAUCUUUGAAACUUAAGGUUAAAAACUAUCUUUUGAAACUCAAAACUGAGAAAGCAAAAUUUGGACAAAAUAAUAUCAACAUGAAUGAGCAUAAUUGGAUUAGUUUAAAUGACUUUGGACCUCUGGAUCAUUUAAUUCACCAGUGCUCAACCAGUAAAAUUUUAAGAAAUGCUAUUGAAGAAGCUACUUCUGUACAGAAUAAGCUGUACAAUAUUUUCUUAAACCAUUACACAAUUCAAACUUCUUCAGAUACACACUUCAUUGCAUCAAAAUUAAGUCAGAUUGAAGAGGAAAUGCUCAAUGCUAGAAUUGAUUUAGCUAAACAGAUCUAUGAGCUAGACUCUCCCUCGAACAAUGAGUCAAAUGAUGAGUCGUUCAACCCUUUCAUUGAAAUAGGAGGCAACAAUGAAGAAGUUAAAUUUGUCUCUGCAUCAGGAGACAACAGCAAAAUCACCGACAUCGUUAACACAAUAGCCACUAAACUACUGGAAGAAAGCCAAGAGAUUGAUGAGUCCCUCUCAACAUGGCUAACAGCCUUGCCUGAGCCCGAACUCCUCAGUAUCAGCACCAAACAAUCCAGCCUAAAGCACAAAUUGAGAUGGGAGAAAAUGCUGAAUUCAAAGCAAAAGUUACGCCAGCUUAGAUCAUAUUUCAGAAAUAUCAGGGCCAAGAGAUAAUUACUAAAAUUCAAUCUCUCCAAA